AUCAAAGAAAAUCGAUCGAAAAUGGAUUUCCCAAUCUGGGUUUUGUUUCUUUUUUCAAUCUUGAUCUGCAAUUUUGAUCGCACCACCGCUCAGAAUGAUUUCUGGGGAGAGUACUGCGGCGGCUCCGGCAACUACACUGACAACUCCGGCUACCAACAAGACCUUGAUGACCUACUAAACUCCAUAACCGACACCAACAACGGCUUCGGGUUUUAUAAGUCCACCGUCGGAGAAGCCACCGCUGCCGCCCUUUGCCGUGGAGACAUCAUCCCGGAAAACUGCCGCAGUUGCGUUGAAGAUAAUGCUCGCCGGUUACGACAGGUUUGCCAGAACCAAGUCGAGGCUACCGGAUUGGACGAAAAUUGCUUUUUAAGGUACUCUAAUCGGUCUACGGGUUCCGGAGUUAGUGUUAUAAGUAGCAGCUCGAAUCGGAAUAAUAUUUCGGAUUCUGAUUACGAUCAAUGGAAUCGGACGGUGGAGGAAUUGCUCGGAAAGUUGCGGGCGGAGGCUGCUGGUGGUGGGCGGCUCCGGAAAUACGCUUCCGGCAACAUAACGGUACCGGGAUUGCCAAUUAUCUUUGCGAUCACGCAGUGUACUCCGGAUUUAUCGGAGACGGAAUGCAACGAGUGUUUGACCGGAGCAAUCGUCGAAAUUCGACGGUACGAUAGAAACUUGGGAGCAAGAGUUUACAAGACUAGUUGUGGAAUUCGGUACCAGACAUAUAGUUUCUUCGGCUCCACAUGGUUUCCGGCUCCGGCUCCGGCUCCGGCGUCUUCAGGUACCAAUAUCGGAAUCAUCGUUGGUCCAAUAUUAGCAGCCAUCGUUGUAAUCGCGGUAGUGGUUUUCCUUAUUACUAAAGGAUGCCAGAAACCGAAGCGAAAAGGCCCAUUGUUGCCUGAGUUUCAAGUGGGGUAUAGCGACGGCUCACCUGAACGAAGUACGCAUGAGCGGGAAGAUGACGACACCGGAGAGAUGAAUUUCUUCUGUCUAAGUGCUAUACAGGUUGCUACCAACGAUUUUUCAUACGAAAAUAAGCUCGGAGAAGGUGGUUUCGGUCCUGUUUAUAGGGGUAAACUACAAGACGGACGAGAAAUAGCCGUAAAACGACUAUCUAUGAACUCCGGGCAAGGUCUCGUAGAGUUCAAGAACGAAGUAGAGUUGAUCAUAAAACUUCAACACAAGAAUCUAGUUCGGCUUUUGGGUUAUUGCAUAAAAGGUCCCGAACGACUUCUCAUCUACGAGUACAUGGCUAACAACAGUCUCGACACCUUUCUUUUUGAUCCUAUCAAGUGUAAGGAAUUGGAUUGGGGUAAGCGUGCCAACAUCAUAAGCGGAAUCGCAAAGGGACUUCGAUACCUACACGAGGACUCGCGCCUCAAAAUUAUUCACAGAGACAUGAAGGCGGGCAACAUUCUUUUGGACCAUGACAUGAACUCGAAGAUUUCAGAUUUUGGCACCGCUCGAAUUUUCGGAGGCAAUCAGAUGGAAGCUAACACCAUUAGAAUUGUCGGAACGUAUGGAUAUAUGGCACCAGAGUAUGCAAUGGAAGGAUUAUUCUCGACAAAAUCAGACGUCUACAGUUUUGGUGUAUUGUUGUUAGAAAUCAUUUCCGGACAACGAAACAACAAAUUUUGUUACCAAAAUCAACCCCAAAACUUCCUCACGACCGUGUGGCGCUCAUGGAAGGAAAACAAAGGAGAAGAAUUGAUAGAUCGUCGUCUGAGUCGAAAUUUUCCGACUGACGAAGCUCUUAAAUGGAUCAAUAUCGCGUUAUUAUGUGUACAAAAAGAACCCGAUGACCGCCCAACAAUGUCAACCGUCGUUUUCAUGCUUGAAGGUCAAUGGUCCGCGAACUUUCCCUCACCAUUGGAGCCGCCAUUGUCGUUCCGAUCUCCAACUAUGUCGGAACAUAGUACGAUAUUGACGGGUGACACGUCUGGACCUCCGUCCUUAGUUCUAACCGGUUCCACUACAAAAUCUCGCUAGCUAUACGACACGGGGUGAGAUGGCUGGACCACCCUCCAUCAAUCAUAUAAACAUUUACCAAAGGAUCUAUGGUCUAAGGGUCUGUAGUGCUCCAACUUUUCAGGAGGUCAGGGGUUCAAACCUUACCAAAUGUGAGAAGAGUUUGUAAGUUCAUUUGUUGUAUAUUAUGUACUAAAUCGUAUAAACGUUUUUACGUUAGAGAUUUUACGAUUAUACUCUAUAUACUGUAACGGACUAUUUAUGUACUGUACAAAUGCAUAUAUUCUUCUCUUUGG